GGACGCGGCUAUAGCGGGAGGUCGUGCAGCCGACAAGAUGUUGAAAUCUCACGUUUCAUUGCAACAGCAGCUGGUUGCUGCCUUCAAAACCUGUCUAAGCGACGGCAGUUUUCCGAAACCGCUGGCAGAUCCCGAAAUUUUGACGCUUCUGGAUGCGGCUGCAAGGAUGAAGGGACCGGUCGCCUCUAUCUCUAUGAGCGCACUGGAUCGUCAAAUAGGCGAUGCGAAUGAGCAACACUUGGUCGCCAGUCUUCUUUUCGUGCUGGAACAGAUCGCUUCUCUCACGCUGGAGAAGUUGAGGAUCACAGAACACAACGCAGGUUUCGCGCUUCUGAGUUUCGGAACGAUUUUGGAAAAUUUGGAUCGAAUGCAGCCAAGCAGAACCAGUAGAACGACUACAAGCACGAGGACUACAGCUCUGGUGCGUGUCAUGGAGAACUUCCUGUGUCGAGAGCCAAUGCUGGACCUCUUCACCGGAACUUGGAGGAGCUCUGCUGCGGAACGAAACAAGAGGAGGCCUGCACGACACACCGACUGGCCGCAAGAAACAGACUGGAAGUCGCCAAAGGUUCUGUGGGCGGCUUCUGAAAUCUUGUGUCGCAGCGAGGAUUCGCAGCUGUCAAAAACAAGCCGUGCCAUCGACGCUUCUGCUGGAGGAAAAGCCGCUAAUACCUUUGAUGCCGGACCUAUACACACUGCGAAACUACCGCACUACCAUCGGAAGUUUUGCGAGCACGUAAAGGCGUCGGUGUCUCGAGCACUACGGAUAAACUGCCCGGACUCUACUGCAUUUGAACCUACACAAGCGGCUGUACGGUAUUGCGCAAAGACCAUUAUCAAUCUGGCCCGACUAGAUGAAAGCAGAUGUUUGGGAAAACUGGACACCGCGCGAAGAAAUCUCGGAAAAAGUGAAGACACUACUUCGGAACAACGAUCGCAACAGACGAAAUUUUACGUGCAGCUAUUCUCGAGAGGAAAUUAUCCCGAGAACACAGAAACGCUGGGAGCUCUUUCGCCUCCAGCACAGAUAGUACCACAGAACCACUACCGAGCUUUGCGCGCUUUGUGGCAGGCAAUCGGAACAAAUUGUAGUCCAACCAGCAUCAAUGCAAAUGCUGCACAUGCGCCGGCACUGCUGCAACCCACCGUGGCUGGUCACGAUGAUCCCAUCAGCUACGAGGAACUCCUAGUUUUGCGUAUCUGGUGCGGAAAAGUGUUAGACGAAAUUUUGAAAACGGAAGAAAAUCUAGUGCUUCGGACGGGAAUUUCACCCUGCUCGUUCGCAGCAGGAGGGUCCGCGCCGGCACUAAAGACCACGGCUUUUUUCAAGAGCAACGACAAGCGGGACAUUUGCAACUUCUGCCACAUCGCGCCGAAAGUGAUCGAAGACUUGGCAGCUCACCAGACGGCAAGUAGUCGAAGGCGCUCUCGUCCAACAACGCCCUCGCCCUCCAGCGACCAAGAUGAUGUCUUGUCUUCCUCCACCAGCAUGUCGACUUACCAGCGUCGGAGAGCUCAGUUUCGGAAUUUUCUGAAACAGCUUCUGAAGAAGCAAACGCCAGCACUUCCUGGGUUGCCUGAGUCUGAUUCCUUCCCCCACAGUGCCCUUGACGAGAUCGAGUUUGUCAACGUGAUCUGUGCGUCGUUGGAAAUCAUGGUAGAAGGACAAGAUGAGCCGGACUUUCUGCAGCUUGUGUUGCAGAGGAUCGAUGAGAGGCAGAGGCAGUUUUGUGGUACACGUACUACUAGUACGGAUGUUGAACUAGCGCAUGACAAGUUUCGGCGCAACUUCUUCACCCCGACGUCUACUGGCCGGAUCCUCAUGGCGCUUGCCGACCGACAGGUGUAUCAGCCGAGGUUUCUUCGCAGGGCGGUGGACCACCUGCUGGAGGUGUUGAUGAUGAAAAACAACUUCCCGCGGACCAGAAAUGAAGCUGGCCACGUGCUGGUCGAUGAAAACCUGACAAACACGAUUCUGUGGGCCUGCCACCGGUGUGGGGACGUGGAUUCAUUACAGAAAAUUUUACGUUUAUAUACUUGCAGCGGUGCUGCGAAGAUGAUGAACGCAGCAGGUGCUGUUUUUCCCGGUGCUCUACCUUCCCCUUCAGGCAGUUCCUCGUCCCUGCCAGCAAGAGCCAGCGCGUCCCUAGCACCAGCAUCGUUCGAGAACGCGGUCCGGGUUUGCUUUUCCUGUGUCUGCUGCUUUGUCCAGCCGCCACUCAAAUUUCUCCGGGAGCUAGUGGGAGGACUCGCGUGGUGUCGCACCUCUUCUGCAGGAAAUGGUCAACAUAGUUCCAGUUGGAAAACGCGCAUGAAGCUGCAGCAGAUGGGGUCUGUUGUAGCCGCAGCGUUGAGGCUGCAACAAAUCCUGCAGCUGCACGACCAAUUAUCUUGUCGUGGCAAUACAGUUACAGACGCAAAAAACCUCCACGGGGUGUCGACAUCGUUUGGUGUACCCACAGCAGCAAUAUCAGCAGCACAAACUGCGAUAGUUUCUGGAGAUCAUCGUCCGACGCGUGCUGCAGAAAAUUGUGAAAACAACGACACGGAGUUUCACCGGUCGGUGCUACUUGCGAUUCGGAAUCUGGUGUCAUCGUCAUGGGGGAACCGGUACAACAUGCAAGGGAGCUUCCGGUUUCUUCGUGUCGAAGAGAACGUCGGAGGUUUUUGCCCCGGGUUAAGUCUCGACAUUGUGAUACGAUGAACAUAAUAAAUGUAAAGCAAGACUGUUUUCAUUUUCAACAUUCCGGCGCUCGUCCUUGCUGGCGACUAUUCAAAGUACUUUUUAGUUUCUCACCGCAGUACUUUUGCUUUGCAUGAUAUAGAAUAGAAAGGAACCAGUGCUGCGCAUUAUAGAGCAAAGAAGCGUAGUACUUCUUCUCUCGUAGAUUUAUUUGCCAGAGCGUCGCAAUGCCUUCUAUCUACAGCUAGUGAAGCUAUCUCAGGAGGAGCACCAAACAGCCCGCAUGUAAAAUAACCGAAAGCCGCACCGACGUGCAGGACAAAAUAUGAAACGAAGCACAAUGGGAUUUCAAAUGCGUAGC